AUGAACAGCAGCACCGCUGACGUGGCAAUGAAGCCGUUGUCUUUGCGGACAACGGUGGUUGGCGACUCGGGAUUCCUGCCCAAUCAGCUUGCAGGCGACCCGUCCGGAGGUGAAAUGCGAGCAAUGGAGCAACUGGAGCUGGAGCGAGGCGUGUGUAACCCGUUCAAGAAAUACACUCCGGAGAUGGUGCGAGCACGCGCCUUCAGUUCCCCCUCCGCCUUCCUGGGCAUCCUGCUGCGAGGCACGGAGAUCGUGUGGGAGCUCACCAUGUUCUUCCUCUCGCUCUCCUACGACAAGCUCAUGGGCCUCGACGACCGCAACGUGCCGACGCGCGCCGCCCAGCUGCGCCGCCUGCUGUGCCGCCUGGGCCCGUCGUUCAUCAAGUCGGGGCAGGUGCUGGCGAACCGACCGGAUAUCAUCAGAGAGGACUACAUGAACGAGCUCUGCAUCCUGCAGGACGACGUCCCUGCCUUCCCCACUCAGGAAGCGUUUGCCAUCAUAGAGGCCAACAUGGGGGUGCCUCUGGAAGAGACCUUCAGCGCCAUCUCUCCCGAGCCUGUUGCUGCGGCUAGCCUCGGGCAGGUCUACCGAGCCAGGCUGAGAGCCUCGGGAGCCGAGGUGGCAGUCAAGGUGCUGCGACCAGGAAUCGAGCCAGUGAUCUACCGGGAUCUCUUUCUCUUCCGCACGCUGGCGUCCUUCCUGAACGGCAUCUCCAUCCAGAAGCUCGGGUGCAACGCCGAGCUCAUCGUCGACGAGUUUGGCGAGAAGCUUCUAGAAGAGCUCGACUACCGCCAGGAGGCCCGCAACAUCCAGAGCUUCUACGAGAACUUCCUCGGAGAUCCGACGGUCAAGAUCCCCCUGUGUUACUCGGAGCUGAGUGGCGAGAGAGUGCUAGUGAUGGAGUGGAUCGACGGGAUUCGCUGCACCGACCCCCAGGCGAUCAGGGCAGCGGGCAUAGACACGGAGGUGUUCCUCACGGUGGGCGUCAGCGCCGCUCUCCGCCAGCUGCUAGAGUUCGGCCUCUUCCAUGGCGACCCCCACCCAGGCAACAUCUUUGCGAUGAGGGAUGGGCGCAUAGCCUACGUGGACUUUGGCAACGUGGCGGAGCUGAGCCAGUAUAACAAGGAGAUCCUCAUCGACGCCAUCGUGCAUGCUGUCAACGAGGACUAUGUCGAGAUGGCCGGGGACUUCACCCGCCUGGGAUUUUUGGCUCCUGGCACGGAUGUAACUCCCAUUGUGCCAGCGCUCGAGGCCAUCUGGCAGAACAGCACGGGGCAGAGCCUGGCAGAUUUCAACUUCCGAACCGUCACACGCAAGUUCAACCAGCUGGUGUACAACUUCCCCAUCCGCAUCCCGGAGCGCUUCUCCCUCGUGAUCCGCUCGCUGCUCACCCAGGAGGGCAUCUGCCUCUCCCUCGAACCCAACUUCAAGUUUCUUGAAGUCGCCUACCCUUACGUGGCGAAACGUCUUCUGACGGAUCCUGAUCCGGCACUGCGGUCUCGGCUCAUCCAGGUGCUAUUCAAGGACGGUGUGUUCCAGUGGAAGCGCCUGGAGAAUCUUAUCACACUGGCCAAGGAGCAAGUGGCACUAGCAAACAGGGCUCGCCACCCAGACGGCACUGUCACAGCGGUAGCAGUGGCAGCGACACCGGCACCAGCAGCUGUUGUUCCCGACUCACGCUUCUUCCCGCUUGAUCCCGCUGCAUUCGGGAGCCUCAGCCAACUCGCUCUGCCGAUCCCAGCUCCAGCCUUCCUCACAGGCCUCUCCACUGGAGGCCCAGCCAGAGCCGCCACGUCAGCAACCACGUCAGCGGCAUCAGCAGUAGCAGACGGGGGUCUGGACCUGAGGGAGACGAUUCGGGACGGGGCGCGUGUGCUGCUGAUGGACCCAGGACUGAGGAGGCAGAUACUGCUGGCGUUCACACAGGACUCGAGGCUGCACGUUAAAGAGGUGAUGGACUUAUACCGGCUUGUGGCUGACGACCUUCCAACCGAUGCUCUUGUAGGAGAUAUUGUUGAAGGAAUACCAUCUAUUGGGAGGGAUCUGCUUCUAUCGUGGAGUGAUAGCAUCCUUGAAAGGCGAUAA